AUGGUUCACGAAGCCAUUGCACUCACAGCUAUGAGCUCCAUUAGGGACAAGAAUUUGAGCAAGUUAAUUAGUGCUUUACAUGGUGGAGAUCUUGUAGAUUUCGCCUACUGGGGACAUACUGUGGAAUCUAUGAUACCGCAAUCAUCCGACCUGUAUGUGCAGCCACAAUAUGAUAAGAGUUGCAGUAAAUUCUAUGCUGAGUGUAAUAAUGAUGAUGGCCUAUGUCUACUCAACGGGAUCAAGUUUUUUUACCACCGAUUGCUACCAAAUGAGAUUGAGAAAGUGAACUUUAGGUACCCUAAAGAUAUCAAUUUCACUGAUAUGGAUUCUAUCAAAUAUUUGGUGGCACUAAUAGCUGAACUACAUGAUCCUAUGAAAUUCGGGCUUGAACGUGAUAAUUUUGGCCGGAAAAUCAAAGUAUCUGUUGAACAUACGCCAUUCUUCAUACUCACUACAUUUGACACAGUGAAACUGGUAAAUGAUGGGGAUUAUAAGCCAGUGGAUAAGACUUUGAAUGAAGUGAUUGAUAGUUAUUUGUUGGAUAUUUUUGCGGAGAGACAUCAGGAAUUCUGGUACGGCGGUUGGACUCAUGUUAAUAGUUUGGGAAUCAAAUUUCACGAGGAGGUGGAAAUGUUUAAAAGGAGUUUGCACAAUGCAUUUGAUAUUUGGGGUCAAGAGACCUUUCACCUUUUGUGUACCAUAUACCAAAAGUUGAUCGAACAUGCCAAUGAAAAAGGCGUUAGUUUGGGUGAUAUUUUUUCGGUUAAUAUGCCUUCUGAUGUACAAAUCCACAUUGUCCAAUUAUUGCAACAACACAUAUUACUCGCAGGUGCUAGAAUUUCAAUAGUCCUAAACCACAUACUUUCAACUAGAAGUAUUGACUCUGGGCAAACUGCAAUUCAAAUGCAUAGCAACGAUUCUCAUAAUCCUAAGACAUCAGUCAAGUUGACUAGGUCCAUCAGUUACUUGAAUGGAUUUUUAACAAAUUUCACUAUAUUCCUGAUCAUGGCUCUAAUGUUAUAUGUUGUCAUUAAUGCUAGGAAUAUUAAAAAAAUUCUGCUAAAGCCCGUUUUGUCAUAUCGUUCUUCUGGAAUUUACCAUUGA